AUGGCAGCUCUGCGGCUCCUGGAGUCUGCGCUCGGGCGCCGGGUCCCCGCCGGCCGCUCGGUGCCCGCGCUGGCGACGGGCGGUGUGUGCGGCUUCGCCAGCAGCGCCCGCGCGCGUGCCAAGUCCUACGCGGACCCCGUGGAGGCCGUGAGAGACAGCGCGAGGAUCAUGGUCCGGGGCUUCGGCCUCUGCGCGAUCCCGGAGAGCCUGAUAGGGGCGCUGCUCAAACACGUGAAGGACUUGACCGUGGUCAGCAGCAACGUGGGGGAGGGGAAUUUCGGGCUCGGCCUUUUGCUGGGGACCAAGCAGAUCGCCCGCAGCGUCUGCUCGUACUUGGGGAAGAACUCGCUCUGCGAGCACCGGUACCUGGCGGGCGAGCUGGAGCUGGAGAUCUCGCCCCAAGGUACCCUGGCCGAGCGCAUCCGCGCGGGGGGCGCCUGCGUGCCCGCCUUCCACACCCCCACGGCCUACGGAACCCUGGCCCAGGAGGGCGGCGCACCCAGCAAGUACUUAGAGGACGGCCACAUCGCCAUCCUGAAUCAGCCCAGGGAGGUGAGGGAGUUCCACGGACAGCACUACCUUCUGGAGCACGACGUCACGGCCGAUUUUGCUUUGGUGAAAGGGUGGAAGGCCGACCCGGCAGGAAACGUCAUCUUCAGGGCCAGCGCCAGGAACUUCAACGUGCCCAUGUGCAAAGCUGCGAGAACCUCAGUGGUGGAGAUUGAAGAAAUUGUGGACCUGGGGUCGUUUGCCCCAGAGGACAUCCAUGUUCCUAACGUUUACUUAGAUCGAGGAAUACAGGGGGAAAAAUAUGAGAAACGAAAUGAGCGUUUGGGCUUACCUGGUGGCGCAGUGGUUGAGAGUCCGCCUGCCGAUGCAGGGGACACGGAUAAUAUAAGGACACGGGUCAUCAAGCAGGCAGCUCUUGAAUUUGAGGACGGCCUGUAUGCCAAUUUGGGCAUAGGAAUCCCUCUUCUGGCCACCAGCUACAUCAGCCCCAGUAUAACCGUUCAUCUUUUCAGUGAAAAUGGAAUCUUGGGCUCGCGUCCGUUUCCACUGAAAGAGGAGGUGGACGGAGAUCUCAACAAUGCGGGCAAGCAAACAGUCACCCUUCUUCCUGGGGGCUGUUUUUUCUCCAGCGAUGAAUCAUUUGCCAUGAUUCGAGGGGGACACAUCGACCUAACCUUGCUGGGAGCCACGCAGGUUUCCAAAUACGGUGACCUGGCUAACUGGAUGAUACCUGGCAAGAAGGUGAAAGGAAUGGGGGGUGCGAUGGAUCUGGUGUCCAGAACCGAGACCAGAGUGAUGGUCACCAUGGAGCACUGCACCAAGGCUAAUGAACCCAAAAUUUUGGAGAAAUGCACCAUGCCGCUGAAUGGAAAGCGGUGUGUGGACUGAAUCAUCACCAAGAAGGCCGUGUUUGACAUGCACAGGAAGGGACUGACCCUGAUCGAGCUCUGGGAUGGCCUGAUGGUGGAGGACAUCAAAAAAAGCACGGGGAGCACCUUUACCAUCUCCCCGAAUCUCAGACCCAUGCAGCAGGUCAAAACCUAG